GGAAAGAAUAACGCAUUACUUAUAUAAAGUUAAGUGUUUUAAAAACAUCAGCUUUUAACUUAAAAUGUGUCAACUGCUGUCGUUUCCUUAUUGUUUAUAAUGCUGUUUUCGGAAGUAGCUAAGUUAAUUACCUACUUUCUUGAAGCAUAUAACACUCUACAUCAGCUUAUACUGUUAACCCUCGGAACAGUGUCUGACUAAUAAUCCUGCCACACAAGUUGGAAAACACUUAGCAAAAGAUUUCUUCAGUCAUGGCCAGUGAUUCAGCAGUUACUUCGGAGUCAGAGGAUAUUCCUGCUGAACCUACAAAAUUAAAUCCAAUAGAAUCAUUUCUCCAUCUGCUAUCUGGGCAGGAAAAGGAACCCAAUGUGAUUACAAUGGACCAUUGUUAUGCCAAAUCAUGGAAUGCAUACCCAGGUGCUGGUCAUGCAAGACCUGCCAAACUGCUCUUCAUGAAAGAUGUGCCUCGUCUUCCUUUAGUAGAUCACAUAAGUGAGAAAAAUGGGAAAGUUGAUAUAGAAACAGUACCAUCAAAACCUAUCAUGCCCAUUGACAGUAAUAAAGUUCGAGGGCUAAUGACUGAGUGUGAACGCCAUGUUCGUCUGAUGCGGAAGCAGGAUGUGCCACACGACUGGGAAGAUCAUAUAAACAAGAAAGGAUGGUCAGUAUCUCAGAAUAGAUUGUUCAAUAAAAUAGUGAAAAUACUGAACACGGACCGUUUAGCUCGACUUACCUACGAAGGCACUAAUAAUGAACCAGUCAUGAGACGGCUUGCUGUUGACAAGACAGCACAAAGAAUUCGGCAUGUUUUCUCAUCCUUCUCUUGGGAUCACAAGCUUCUCUUGUGGCUUUAUCAGACAUUAGUUGAAAACCUUCCAUUUCCUUACUUGGCAGCUUAUUUGGACGUCUUACAAACUUUAAAGUCAAAAGUUCCAAGUUUGAUGGAUAGGUUUAUGAAUCAUAUCCAGUCUAGUCCCGUGUGUCAGUCAGGACCAACAAGUAGUGACGCUCUUAACAUUCUGUUGAAAAGACCAUGGGACCCUGUACUACACAUGCUGAACUUGCACAAACCUAAACGACUUCCGAACAACCCUUUUCUGAUAGUGACACCGAAUGGGCCAGCAGUGUCAUGGAGCAAUCAGUCUCGUCGUAUGAGAUUCUUACACAAUCAGUUGUCACUUAUGGGUAAGCUGAUUACAGUCACUUCCCCAUCGUCCAGUGAAGUGAAAGGAGUUGAUAUCAAUCCAUGUUUGGAAAACAUCAUUAGUGCAGUACGCAACAAAGUAGCAGAGUUGAAAGCAGAAUUCCCAAAACGUCCAAUAGUUUUGGUAGGCUGGAUGAUUGGAGCUUUGAUAGCCUGUCAUGUGUCUCUUUUAGAGAAAGUUAAAGCAGUGAUUUGUUUUGGAUUUCCUCUCACAGGGAUAAAAGGAUCCCGUGGGGAUUUGGAUGAUCCACUUCUGGACAUUAAUACCCCAACUCUUUUCCUUGUUGGGCAAAAUGCCAGCAUGUGUUCAAUGGAUGACAUAGAAGACUUUCGUGAACGCAUGACAGCUGAAACAGGUCUUGUGGUUGUUGGAGGUGCUGAUGACAAACUACGAGUGUGCCACAUGAAGAAAAAACAAGAAGGAAUGAUCCAAAUCAUGGUGGAUAGAUGUCUUGUGAAAAUAUGUAUUAAAGCUGGUUUUACUUAA